CAUGCCUGAGUUUGAAAUGUUUGAAGAAGCAACACCUCGGGCCCCCAUGCCUACUGGUGGAAAUCUCGCUGUGAUGAAUAUUAACAUGUAUGAGGAAAUAAACAGGAUUGCCCAUCACACUGAUGCAUACAAGCUCAGCAAACUGAUCAUCCGUCGGGGUCAAGAGUUCAUCAUGGGCAUUGUCUUCAAUCGCAAAUUUGACCCGAAAACAGACUUGUUUGUUAUUGAGUUCCUGAUUGGUGAGCCUCUACUUUCUGUUUAUAUAAAAUAUGAAACAGUGCCCCUGUUGUUCUCAAAUGAAAAGGAUAAAGGAGUCUCUAUUAUUAUAGAAUGCAUUUGGAUUACACUUUAUUAUAAGGUCUGCAAAUCACAAUACAAAAGAAAGAACCCCAUCCGUACCCAAAAGACUUUAAUCAGCUUGACCCCUGGUGAAAAUAAACAGAUCAGUAAUUGGGGCAUCCGUGUGGUGGAGACCAUUAACACUGAGACUAAGUUGGGCAUCACACCAGCUGCUGACUGCAUUGUGGGCCUGUAUAGCACUUAUGUAACUGUUAUAACCAAUGCUGGAAAACAACGCUCUCAAAGAAAUCAGACAACAGACUUCUACGUGCUGUUCAACCCCUGGGCGCAGAAGGAUCAGGUUUACCUGAAAAAUGAGGAAGAGCGGCAGGAGUAUGUGCUGAAUGAUGUGGGAAUGAUCUUCAACGGAGACUAUAAUAAUGUUGGCAGCCGACCAUGGAAUUAUGGACAGUUUCAGAGUGGAAUUCUGGAAGCUUGCAUCUUCAUCCUGGAUUUUGGGAAAAUGCCCCUCCAGUACAGAGAUGAUGCUGUAAAAGUGGUUCGGAAAGCCUCAGCUAUGAUCAACUCCCUGGAUGAUGAUGGAGUCCUAGAAGGUAGCUGGAGUGAUGACUUCAUGCUUGGUACUGCGCCCACGGCCUGGACAGGCAGUGUAGAGAUUCUGAACCAGUAUUAUUCGGAAGGCGGUGUGCCUGUCAAGUUUGCCCAAUGCUGGGUGUAUGCUGGAGUGUUCAACACUUUCCUACGGUGCCUUGGCCUUCCUGCGAGGGUGAUUACCAACUACUGCUCUGCGCAUGACAAUAAUGGUAACCUGCAGACUAACAUUGUGCUGGACGAGGAUGGGAGUCUGGACACAAAAGUCUCAGACACCAUUUGGAACUUUCACUGCUGGAAUGAGGUGUUUUUGAAGAGGAACGACAUACCUGAAAAGUACUCAGGCUGGCAGGUGGUGGACUCCACUCCUCAGGAAAUCAGUGAGGGUUAUUACCGCUGUGGUCCUGCAGCUGUGGCAGCCAUCUACGAUGAAGCUCUGGGCUAUGCGUUUGAUGCAAAAUUUGUGUUUUCUGAGGUCAACAGUGAUGUGGUCUACCAUAAAAAAGACAAGUACGGAAACAUGAAUGUCAUCUAUGUGGACAAAACCUAUAUCGGAAAGUUGAUUGUGACCAAAAUGAUCAGCUCCAAUGAUUAUAAUGACAUCACAAAUUCUUACAAAUAUGCUGAGAGUAAGUUGUGUUGUUCUUUCACAUUAUGAUUAUUACUGUAUUGACCAGUUAUUGUUUUUUAAGAGGAAAUUAUUAGUCCUAACC